AACUGAAAACAUAACAGGGUUGUUUAAUUCGUGAUAGAAAACAAGUGAAACCGCAGCUUUGGAAUUAGGAAUGACGUCCGCGCCGCGAAGCUGCGUAGCCGUGUUGUGCCGUGUUGUGCGCUAGAGCUGACAGGCAGAGGCGACACUGAACAGUCCGCGUCGGGGCUUGUGCGUGAAUCCAGUGCGUGUUUCUGUACGAUCAUUAUCAAAAACUGCUGCGGGGCUCGACAGACACGGAGUCAGAAAGAGUGAGACGCCGUACUGAGUCCGACUGACCUCAACCAAAGGAGAUACCCGAACAGAUUUUUCCUGGAUAUUUGUGCAAGCCUGCUCAGGCCUGUUGUUAUCCAAGUGGGACUUUGGAUAUUAAGGAUACUAACGUAACGUUUGCUUUCUCCGCAGUGGAAAGGCUCGAUCCACCCCCAAGUCUCUGAUUUGAGAGAGAAGCAAUGCAGGUCUGUGACCAGCGAGACGGCGGGGUUUUCUGCAGCUCAGCCUGAUACAUUUGAGCAAAGCCCACAGUUCGUGCAGUUUCUGGGUAAAUCUGUAUUUCCUGCAGUGAGCCAUAGUGCAAAUACGCAUCCACCUUUCGAUUUUGUAUGCUAUUAUCGAUCGGACAUCGAUCCUCCUUUUUUCCUUUUUAAAAAAAAAUCUCAUCAGAGAUUUCGGUUGACGCCAUUUUACACCGAUAACGCCGUUUUUAAUGCAUUGUUCAAUUUGACGGAUUGCAAAGUUGUCAUCAGUCCCGGUAGUGAUAAUAUUAAUGUCACUGGAUGGAUUUGCUUUUAACCUCGUGACCAACAGUUUCGGAAAUGGUUUCACACCAGGAAAUCAGUACCUUUGUGAGGUUCAUACGAUUCAGGGAGCAAUAGAGUCAAGAGCCAUCACAUCCCUCUCCGACUGAACACGAUCCACUGUGACCAGCGUCGCCCUCGUCAUCUCUUCUCACUCUUGGUUCCUGCUUCACGAGCCGAGCCUCAGGACGGUAGAUGGAGCAGAGGGACCCAACUCGCUUGGCACAGCCCAGGGGAAAGGAGGAGUUCUUCUCCACUGUAACCACCAUCAACAGGGCUGACCUUACCGAGGUGGGUCUCCUGGCCAGGGAGCAGGAGAACGAGGAGGACGAAGACCUCGGCCUGGGGAAGGACGUGGACGCUGCCUCCAAUGCCGACAGUGAACGGUGGGUACAGGGGGAUGGACUGGAGGAACAGGAGUUCUCCAUCAAGGAGGCCAGCUUCUCGGAAGGCAGCCUGAAACUGAAGAUCCAGACCACCAAGCGAGCCAAGAAGCCACCCAAGAGCCUGGAGAACUACAUCUGCCCACCUGAGAUCCGUAUUACCAUCAAACAGCCUGGGGAGCAGCAGAAAGUAUCCAAGCAUAGCAAGAGCAGCAAGGCAGCAAAGGAGGAAGACAGGGGACCCCCCAGAAAAAGGACCUAUGAAAGGCCUUACAGACUUGUGGCUCAAAAUGAAAACAACAUGAUGGAUGUCCUCGGGGAGAGCAUGAGGCCAAAGUAUGAAUCCAAAAACAACGACAUUCACCAACUAGAUUGGACAAAGGCAGUAUUAAGAGAGUCGGUGUCCCUAGGGGACCACGGGAGAGACCAAGAAUCAAAACAAGAAUCAACAUAUAUUAACAAGAGCCUUCUGUCAGAGGUCAACACCCCCUUCUCAAAGACACAGGUUAAAAAGGUCACGGAGGGUUCAUCUGGAAGUCUGUUUGCCUCAGGAAUGACUUGUCCAGAGUCUGACUUGCAGGCUUCUUCUCCAGCUGAUAUAACAGUGAGUCCACCAGCAGACUCAAAUUUGUUGAUGCACUGCUCUCUCAGCAAAGAGAGGGACAUGCAGGAGGUCACUGAGCAAGUCUUUGGGAACAUCAAACGGAAGUAUGGAAGGCGGGAUACUAUGAAGACUCUGACCACCCAUAAUGCAGAUGUGCCACGGGCCAAAAAGACUGAGAGGCAAAGUGAGAAGCCAGUUCAAGACAAUGCUAAAAAUAAGCAACAGUAUAACACUGACAAAAGUGAGACUCAAAGAGAAGAGGCAGAAAAAUCAAUGAAGAAGUCAGAGGAUGAGACCAAAACAAUGGCAUGCUGUGUUCCACAUCACACAGGGGAACCUAAAAACAGAAAAAAGAAAAAUAGAAGAUUAACUGAGGAUAAUGCCUCUUUGGAGGACACAGACGCUAAACAGACAGUGGAAAUGAAAGACAAGCCUGAUCAGGGUGCUGCGAAACCUAAAGUGUCAAACAAAAUGGAUUUAAGUACCACAAAGCAAUUUGGAGUGGAUUCACGGAAGCUGGGGGAAGCUGAGAGUGUGGCAGCACUGGUGACAGUGGAGGUGUCUGAGAAUAGGCAGCGGAAUAAUCCAGUUGGGAGACCACGAUCAAUGAUUGAUCCAGAGAAGCAACCAGAUGGGAGGCAAUCAAAGGUCAAGGAUAGAUGGUCUUAUUUGAAAUCCAAGAGCUCUGCUCCCAAUAAAGAAAUUAAUCCAGUGAUGCCUAUCGAAGAGCCACCCUCUGCUUUUCCUAUCACGCCAUCAAGCCCACUAUACACCAACACAAAUAGUCUGACAGUCAUCACGCCCAUGAAGAAGAAAAGGGGAAGACCUAAAAAACAACCCCUGCUUACGGUGGAGACAAUUCAUGAAGGAACCGCAACCAGUCCCGUUAGUCCUAUCGCCCAAGACCCGUCGAGCACUUCAAAGAGGAGGAGGAAGAAGCAUAAUUUGUCAAAACUGGUGCAGUUGGCCUUAAAUAAAACCCCUACUGCACAACAGUUGAAACUCAAGAAAACAGGCCAUGUCACUGGCCUUAAAAAAAGAACAGACAGGAAAAUGAAACUGGUGAAAAUGCAAAGCAUUUUGAAUGAACUUUUGUCUUCUUCCAGUGCUGGCAAUCUGUCCCUGAAGUCUAACGUUCCAGUUUCCAGUGCUGUGUCAACAAUUGAGGCCCGUCUCGGCAGGCAAAUCAACGUCAGCAAGCGUGGGACUAUUUACAUAGGCAAAAAACGAGGAAGGAAGCCCAGAGUGGAGCUGCAGGCCCACCAAGAUGAGCACAAAGCAAGUGAUGAGCACUUGUUGCCUGUUUCAAGUCAGUUUGAGAACCUUCUAGUGCCUUCUAAUCCAUCAUCCACAACCAAAAUGCCUUCUCCCAGGGUCCUGCAGUGUCUUUCUGCUCAAUCCUUAGCAGGUGGAAUGGCUCACCAUGCAACCAUGGAAACCAGCCAGCACGACCUGAAGACCAUGCCAAAUCUACAGCCUAUUAGUGCAUUGCCCACAAAAACUCAGAAGGGCUUGCUCAGUAGUAACUGGAAGCUCUCUCCUCCAAGACUUAUGGCCAACUCGCCAUCUCAUCUGUCAGAAGUGGCAUCCAUCAAAGAGGUCACCCUGUCUCCAGUAAGUGAGUCCCACAGUGAAGAGACAAUCCCAAGUGACAGUGGAAUUGGCACUGACAAUAACAGCACAUCAGACCAGGCUGAGAAGGGUCCAGCGUCUCGCAGGAGGUACUCCUUUGAUCUCUGCAGUUUUGAGGCUGUAGAGGCUGCCGCACUGGAAGCCAUGAGUAAAGCAACCAGAGGGCACUAUCAGAAACAUGCAUCGACAGCUGCUAUGGAAAACUUCCUCACUCAAGAGAGCCUUAAGAAACAGAAACAUCGGCGCAAGCGGAAGAGUAUCCCUAAUCGGGAUGACCUUCAAUUCCUGGCUGACCUCGAGGAGCUCAUUAGCAAGUUCCAGGUCUUCCGAAUCUCCCACCGCAGCUACAAGUUUUACCAUGAAAACGCUUACCCUAGCAUUUUCCGCCUCAACUUUGACCACUACUACCCAGUGCCCUGCUACCCCUAUGAGCCUGUACACUAUCUUCGCAGGAGUUCCGAAAAGUCAAAGAGGAGGCGUGGCAGGCCUGCCAAAUCAAAUGAGCCAAUAACAAAGAUGCCUUUCAUUCAAGGGUUUGGCUACCCAGUGCCCGGUGGCAACUACUAUGCACCCUACGCGAUGCCUUACACAUCCAUGCCUCUUGCCACAAGUAUGAUGAACAUGGGCUAUUUUGGGCAGUAUCCCCCUCCUUUGUAUCUGUCCCAUGCACUCGGAUCUUCAGGCUCUCAUCUCAUGCGCCCACCGGUCCCUCCACCAAAGUUCCACUCCAGCGGGCUGUCCGGCCUCUCUGCAGCCAGUCGACAUAGGAUGAAGAGCAUUCCCCGCGAGGUGCCCUCUCCAAGGAUGGGUGACGUCCAUCACCCGUCAAGCAGCUGUUUGGCGAGCAUGUGUCUUCACAAACGCAAACACAAGCAUAAGCACAAGCAUAAGGAGGACCAGCUCCCAGUACCACAGAGGGAGGACCUGGGGGGCCUCUUCAGCGGUGCCCUGCCUCUGUCUAAGAUGAAGGACAAACAACGGACCCAGCAAAGCACAGACGCUCCAUCCAAGACCUCCCGGAACUACUUCGAAGUAGACACACUCUCUUCGCUGUCCUUAUCAGACUCGCAGCACUAUAAACGUGGUCGGGGGGAGCCGAUGAACAACUUCCUGAACAUCUGCACAAGGCAACCGCACGAAAGGCCGCAGGCCGGUCAGGACCGGCCGCUGGACUUCAAGGGGCAGCUCCCGAGAGAGGAGGGCGUCGGAAUACGUGGCAGGAGGUGCAGCUUGGAGGAUUUUGCAACAUAUAGCGAGCGAAGUGUGGCAACUUUCCAGAGUGACAGAGAAGAGCGGGCAAAACAACGGGUGUAUCCGCACAGCAGCACAGCCAUAUCAGAUCUGGGCUCUUGCAAGAAGAUGUACAAGCGAAAGGAGCUAGAGGACAUGCAGUGUGAUGUGAGGAGGAGGCACACCUUCUCCAAGAUCCUCACCAGCAAGCGAAGCCUGGAGCAUGUCAACAAGAUCCUCAGGGUGAAGCGUCUCCAGCGGCAGGCCAAGACAGGCAACAAUGUGGUGAAGCGGCGGCGCGGGCGUCCCCGGAAGCAGCCGCUCCCCUCGGACGAGGGCUUCCUGGCCCAGAUGCCCGUGCUGGAAAAAUGUGUGGACCUUCCCAGCAAUCGGAGCCUCCAGGGCAGCCUAGUGCCCGCCCAGCUGGAGUUCUCCAACCACGACUCCAUCACAGACGCCAUCGAGGCAGUGGUGCACCAGGCCCGGGUGCAGCCUAAGCUACACACCCUGCAGGAAGGCAAACCCUGGCCCAAAGGUCAACCGGAGAGCCAGCAAGAGCGACCGGCACGGAGGGCCAGAGGGGCCCGGAGAGAGGAGCCAGCUCUGGUGUCUCAUUAGAGAUAUUCAGAACAGUGCACUGUGAGUUCGACUUGCACUCCCAGUUUGGAUCUCGUCUUGUCUUUGAGUUCACUCAGUUCGAGUUGGACAGCCGAACUACUCUUCAUGGGCAUUCUCUGAAUAUUCUGAUAAUGACUGUGGUCAAAGUGCCCCGGUUUCAUUGUGCAUAUGCCAUCACUGAAAUAUUUUAUUUUCCCCUCAUGGAUACAUUGUUGUAUUGAGCUUUUCCUCUUUUUCAAAGCCCAUAACUCAAAGGAUUUUGAUACUGUGGCUCCAGCCAUAAUCUUACCAGCAAGCGUAAAUGACCUUUUAACACGGUACUGGGCACUUUGGAAGUUUCUCUGUCCUUUUAUUUCAGUCAAGUCAAAGCACAGUACUUAGGAAAAAGACCAGUGGAAUAAAAUUGGUCAACAAUAGCAUGUAAAAACACACAGUCACACAUACACACAUACACGCACACAAACACACACACACACACACAUACACACACACACACACACACACACACACACACACACGCUUGCCUGCGCUCAGGUUUGUUCCGGGCAUGAACUAACGGCAAUACCUUUGAAUGAGACCCUUCUAAAAACUGUCUUUGAUGGCUCUAGUUUGAUUGUACAUAGGAACAUAUUCUACAAACAUUUCAAAGUGAAAGUAUUUUAGAUUUACUCGUACUGUCGUCAUAUCAAAUAGGAACUGUACAAUAUUCAAAUAAUGUUUUAACCAAAUACUAGAAAUAAAUGUGACAUUCAAAAGCUCAUGUUCAAACAAAAAAAAAAAAACCAUACAGUAUUUAUUAGUCAAAUCAUAACGAAGUGGGUGCAUCACAGAUUGAAGGAUUGUAUUAGACAUCAGACAGCAUGUAAAGUCAAAUCUUCAAAAACAUUAGCUAGACAUUAUACUCCAUUCAUCAUGUAAAAUUCUCUUCUUGCAUUUAAAACCAACACAGCACUUACUCCAGUCUUUUUAUCCUUAUAGAUUGGUCUACGUAUUACAUAAUGUCACAGUGAAUAUUUUUGUUUGAAUAUCCAACAGUAUCUGAUAAAUAUUUUAGUAAUAUCAAUUAAAAGGAGUGAUUUCUCAGUCAGUUGCUUGAAAGAUACUGAGUAACUGAAUUGCCUUUCCCAGAGUCUAUUUGCAAACGUGCCUGCACUUACUAAUAAAGUAAUAAUAGUAUGAUAAUAUACCUGUCAGUAUUAGAUGUCCACACAACCAAAGCUUCAGUCAAGUUGUAUUUCACAUUGUAGGUGGAUUUUGGUUUAGGUGCUUGUAAAUGGCAUAAAAGAUGGAAUGUGUGGAUUAGUGAUAUAGAACUUAAUACUGCAUACAGUGCAGAAAGCUGCACAUGUAAAUGUUGGGGAUUUUCCUCAAGAUUAGCAUCUGAAACCAGGCUUAAAUGUAGUACAGUUGUUCUGAGCUGUUUUAGAAAUGUCUGCUCAGCUGGUUGUAAUGCAGAAAGCUCUCCAUUUGUGGUUUAUUUCUCAGUUGUUUCAUAUAUGUGCCUUAUGUUUAUUAAUAAGUCCAUAACAUUUCAGGUACAGGGAACUAUGAAUGGCAAGACGUCAUGUUUAAUGUAUACAUACAAUAUAUACAUAAUAUAAUACAUAUACAUAUGUUGUCAUGAAUGUACAUAUGCCUGCUGUAUCUCCUGGUCAGUAGAUCUGUCAUAUUUAGUUGCGCAACAAUCUGGAACCAGCAGAUCCCAUUGGUCUCUUUAAAAAGGAUCUGCUCCUGAGGUUGUUUUCGGACUUGAGGUAACAGUAUUACUUAGAAUCAGACUCACUAAAAUCCUUUACCCUCUGAGGGAUCUGUGUGAAAAACAACAAAUCUCACAUCUAGCAAACAAGACCAAACUGUGCUUGUGACAAUUCAAACAAAACCACCUAUAUGGUAUGUCCAAACACACUCUAUAGCACCACAUAAGGGUUAUUAUGACAUGUAUAUCCUUAUUUACUAUGCAUCAGGUUAUACCUGCAAAUUGACACACAUGUAAUGACUUUGUAAGAGUGACUUUUGUAAGAUUUCUCUCUUGGUUCGGUCCAUUUGACAAAGUGGUCUUAUUGAACAUUUAAAACGAAAGGAUCAAAUGUAAUAAUCUGUAAUCUUUAUUAUUAUUAUUAUUAUUAUUAUUAUUAUUAUUAUUGGUUUUGUUUUGUUUUUCGGUUGUUUUGUUUGCAAAUAAGUGACUAUCAUUUCUUUGCAAUUCCUGUAGCCGCAGUGGGCAGAAUAAUCAGCCCCCCGGCAGUUCAGCCUUAAUCAUUAUGUCCAGAAAACAAAGUGACCCCUGUAAAUAGCAGAACUCCUUAUCUGUUCAUGAACACCUGACCAUGUGCACUAACUGUGCUCAUUCUACUUGGAACUGCCUAAGAAUCCCGUCGGAACGCGGAACAGACCGUAGCCCACAGCCUUAGUCUGCGUGGCUUAUCCUUGUGUAAGAAUAUUGUCAGAUUGAGACUUAUUGGUGCACUAGAGCCAGGAGAAAUCAUCUGUAUUUGCUGGCAGCUUUUUCCCUUUGCCUGUGGCACUGAAUCGGACAUGUCUCCAUUUAG